AUGCGGUCGGGAAAGGAAAAAGCGACGAAAGAAGAAAGCAAUGUCACGCCAGAUGUGACACAAAAAUCUGUGACGACGCCUAAAGAUGGUUCCAUUAGAGAAUUCACACCACCUAGUCGAUCGAGACGAAGGUAUCGAUCUCGUAAGUUUUCGUAUUUUGCUAAAACUUGAAAAUUGAUAAAAACACAAAAAAACUUAAGAUAAAGCUUAGUUUUUUCUUUAAUAGUUAAAAUUAUAUUUUUAAGUAGGUAUUUCUCGAAUUUAAUUUUUGGACUUUCGAUAGCUUAUUUUUAAUACUGUAAACUAAAAACGUUUUAAAAAUUUUCAGUGUCAUCUAUACAAACAAUGGAACCGACUACGAUGCCUUCGUUACCUAUGCAAAAGAUGACAAAAGUAAUAAAUUUAGAGGACUUAAUGACCAAACCCAAGUUUCAAGAUGAAUAUACAGCAAAGUCAAGAACUCCGGAACAGAUUACUGUAGGACAAGAGUGGGUUAUAUGCAUAAAUAUUGAAUUUUUAGUUUAUAAUAUAACAUGCUUUAAAGGACCAGUUCGCCCAUUCAAAUAUCAUUGGCAUUCUAUCGCAAAAAUUCGACGUUCAUUUAUUUUGCGAAAAACCUGAGAAGGUCGGUCCCAAAUUAGAAAAUUCAUUUCGACACCGAUCCACUCACGUUUUUUGAGAAAAAUGAUUUUGAUUGAAAUUGCCUGAUUUUCGACGCUUUUUGCGACAGAAUGCCAAUGAUAUUUGAAUGGGCGAACUGGUCCUUUAAUUGUAAUUUUGUGAUACUGAAUGAUAUUUUUUAUAUUUUAGCCCUGUAAAGAAGAUAGGAGAUGAUAAAAAGCGCCUUAUACCUGCCGUAAUGAAUUUAGAAGAAUUUGAUAAACGUUACGGAUUUCGACGCGUCGACUUAUCAUUGUCAUCUAGAAUCUACAAUUGCCUUGCCGAAGCUAAAAGAUGGAGCUUUCUUCAAUGGUUAUGGUUCAUAAAGUGUUUUUUUCCUAUUACGCAAUGGCUCGUCGAUUAUGAUUGGAAACAUGAUUUUCUAAUGGAUUGUAUCAGUGGUGUAAUGAUGGCAGUAAUGUGUAUUCCACAAGGGUUAGCCUACGGUUUUCUUGUAGGUCUUAAACCUACUCAUGGCUUAUAUACGUGCAUUGUGGGACCAUUGGUCUAUGCGGUACUUGGAACAUCAAAACAUGCUUCUCCAGGAGCAUUUGCCAUUAUUGCACUAAUGGUGGGAUCGGUAGUAGAACAGACAACAGGUGGAACUAAGAACGACUUUGAUUUAAACGCAACCGCAUUAUGUUGUCAAGUGGAGAAAACUAGUCAAAGUUCACCAACAGAAGUUAUUAAUAUUGUGGCGGGUCUAACAAUUUGUGUGGGCCUCCUACAGGUAGGUAAACCUAUAACAAAAUUAUAGGUUUUUAUGGUGUAUCAGCAUAAAGUGAUUGUUUUGCAUUAUAGAUAGCAUUUGGAAUUCUAAACAUGGGUCUAUUAGCUGUGUGGAUGUCCGAUCAUUUGGUUCAAGGAUUAACUUCAGGGGCUGCAAUUCAUGUCCUCACGAGUCAGAUCAAAUCAAUGACUGGAGUUGAAGGAGUUCCAAAAACGUCAGAUAUUAGCGGAAUGGCCAAGGUAUUCUUUUUGUAGUUUUGUAUGUUAAAACGUAUUUUUAUUUUUCAAAAACUAUAAAUUGUUUUUUUGUUUUAUUUUCAAUCCGAUAUUUUGGCUACUUAAAUAUUUUUAAAAUUCAAUUUAUAUUUUCAGUUCUACAUUUGUUUUUUUCGAAACAUCUCAACGAUAAAAACUGGAACUACUCUAACAUCAUUAGGAAUAUGCAGCAUUUUGAUCUUUUCGAAGGAAGUUUUGGAUCCAAUUUUUAUCAAAUGGCUAAAAGUCAAAUUUCCUAUGGAGUUUUUUGUGGUCUUCUUUUCAGUUUUGAUAUGCUACUUCAGUGAUGGCACAAUAUACGAAAUCAACAUUAACAUCGUGGGAUAUGUGGAGCCUGGGAUGAUGGCACCUUUUUUGCCAGACCUACAGUAUGCAGCAAGAGUAGUGCAUUCAGCGAUAGCAAUUGCAGUUGUUAGUUUUGUUAUCCACGUUGCAUUGGCAAAGUUGAUUUCAAAAAAGAUGAAUUAUACAGUAGAUGCGAAUCAAGAAUGGUUUGCAUUGGGAAUGAUGAACAUGAUUGCCUCGUUUUUUGGAUGUUUUGCUGGAGGAUCGUCUUUAAGCAGGACUAUGACUUCUAUGAAGUUGGGUACGAGAUCUCAAAUGUCAACCAUCGUUUGUGCUAUUGUGUUGAUUAUGACUGUGUAUUUCGCCACACAGUAUUUGUACUAUUUACCUCAGGUAAAGUAUUUAAACUACGGUAGGGUGAAGAACUGUAAAGUAUUUUUUGUCACAAUUCCUACUUUAAUGUAAUGUAUUUUAGCCCGUACUUGCUUGUAUUGUUGUAGUAGCCUUAAAAGACUUAUUUGUCCAAGUUGCUGACUCUGCCAAAUUGAUAAAGAAGUCUAUGUUUGAUUUUGUAAGUUUUUUAAAUUAUACUUUUUUAAUAAAGCGAAGUUUUUUUUCUUCGAUGAUUUUACUUUUUAUAACGUUCACUGUCACAGGUAAUAAACAAUGUUUGUUUUAGCUGAUCUGGUUUGUCACAUUUGUGGGUGUUAUCUUGCUUAACGUGAAUUGGGGUCUGUUAGUUGGAGUUUCGUUUGCUCUUCUUACUGUAGUUUUUCGGUCGCAAUGGGCAGAAAGCACAUGUAUGGGUCGGAUUCCAGAUACGUCUGACUUCAAAGGUCUAGAACAUUACAGAGAAGCUAAAGAGGAUGAAGGAAUUAGAAUCUACAGGUUUGACGCUCCUUUGUACUUCGCAAAUGCUGAAUUGUUCUUAAGACGACUCCACGCGUAAGUUAUUUUCAAACGUGCUUUAAGACAAUGUGAUGUAUAUCUGGAUUUUUUUUUCAGCUGUUUACUUAAAAUAUUAUUUUUAGAGCUUUAGGUGUAGAUCCAGUUAUGGCGUAUUCAAAAUUAAAAAAAGGAAAAGGAAAAAAAGAGAAGCCCACAAUAAAGAACUCAAAAGUGUCAGAGCAUUGCCAAAACGAAUGACACCAGUUUCAGACGAUUCGCCGACAGUAGAACCACCUAUUGAAUUGAAUGUCAGGACGAGAUAUGCGAAUUCGAAGGAAAUUACGUCUAUUUCAGAUCAAAAAGAAACAAGACCAUCGGAAAAAGACCAGAAAGAACCAGCAACAGAAGACGAUUUUGUACAUUUGAGUCAUUUCAUUAUCGACUGCUCGUCUUUUCCUUAUAUUGACUUGAUGGGGCUGGAAGUUCUUGAGCAAGCUUACACCGACUUGUCCAACAUGGGGAUCAGGGUGUUUUUUUGUAAUUGUAAAGGUGCGAUUUAAAUAAUAAUUUAGUAAGAAAUGUACUUAGUUAAGGAGAUUUUUACGCUAACAAUAAGUUUUUAUACUCUUGGUUACCUGUCUCCAAAAAUUCUUUUGAAAAAGGAACCUUCUUUUCGCUUUUGCUAACUGUGUUUCUUUAGUAGAGUGGUGAAGUGGAAACCUAACGCGCGAAACUCGUCGGGUUCGGCUCCCUCUUGGCGGUAGACAGUUUUAUUGUGUUUAUCGAAUAAAGUGGGGCCGAAACGAACGCCGAGAUUUAUUCGGCCGACCGGCUGGACUGUGCCCGUCGAGUCCUCUGACCCUCGAACAUUUUUUUUUGUUUUUGUGGUACUUUUACUGUAAUUUUAACGAAUAGUUUUAUUAAUUUAUAAUUUUUUCUUUUUAUACACGUUUUUAAAUCUCGUUAAUAAUUAUUUUCCAGUGGCCGUCCGUCAAUUCUUCGAACAAAAUGACUUUUACAAACGUGUCCCUAAAGCCAACAUGUACUGUUCCAUCAUACCAGCCGUUCUUCAAGCCACAAUUGAACGUGAAAACGAUAAGGACAAACAGAAAAAAAUAAAUUAA